AGAUGACACAGCUUGUUCAGGCGUCUGUCUGUAAGUAGGUGUUCCAAUCAUGGACCAAAACGCGCCGGCAAGAAAGCGGACAGGCCCGGGCCCCACGCCACUGAACCUCAGGCCGCGCGUGAAUUUUGGGAAGCUUGACAUCGCGUCUCUUCGGAGGUACUCUCGAGUCCACAAGCUGGUCGGCGUGCCGCAAACCGCCACAAAGGACCAGUUAGUAGCAGCCGUCACACGCCACUUUGCUGCUCAGGUUGUAAAUGACGAGCUUAAGGUGAUUGCGGCCUUCGUGACCGCCGUGCAACGUCGACAGUCUUUAGCACAGCAGCCUGGGCGCAAAUAGCUUAGGAGCGAGGUUCCUGACGGUUGCCGCCGCCAGGGCCUGCCGGCAUCGGGCCGGAAUAGCACACCCCUUCAGCGAGAGAAGUCAGUAAUGAAGCUGCCUGGCAAUGUAUGAACGUUACGUAACGCGUGGAUGAGGCCAGGAGUGUGCUCGCCACGGCCGUGUCAACCGUUGACACGAAUAGUAGUACACAAGACAUUUCACUUGGGAAUGUUGGCAUUAGUACGCAAGGUAAAUACGUUAGGAUUGCAUAGUGCCGUGCUAUUAUGCCCCCGUUCUGUAUGGUUAGCGCGGGUGUGCGCUGUUAUGUACCAUAUCUCCCCACUCUGAAGAGGUCACGGCCAAGGUCGUUAGGGUACGGCCAUGACUUCCGUUUUUUGCGAAAUGCGGCUGACGUUUGAGACGAC